UGUUUUAGCCUGAAAUAAAACACAUGAGACAUAUAGAUGGAUGUACGAAUACAGAAUAUUGAAUACUCUUUUUAUGAGCCUUACUGUUUAAACAAACAAAUGUUAAGAAAUAGGUGUACGGUAUAAAAUGCAUUGUAAAUUCAUCAAUAUAGAAUAACUACGGAUGUGUACACAUGUACUGUGGAGAUGAAACUUUUUGAUGGCACUGAUGAUUAUUUAAUAUUCCUUCAUCGAAACAUUUAUUAGUAUUUAUGAGAUUACUUAAUAUGUACAGUAAUUUUAUUACAGCUACUGCUUGUGGUUCUGUGGUUCCUGAGUGGUCACAAAUAGAGAAGCCUUCUCGAGUAGACCAGUGUAUCCCUUAUCCAGCAUCCAUAAUAUUUGGACUGCUGAAGAAUGACUGUCGUUUUUUGUAAUAAAAUUUUGAGCAAUUUAUAGUGGAAUAUAUACCCAGUGUCACUUUCAAAUUUCUGCGUAACCUUUCCAGCUCGGUUACAAAAAUGGCGUAGUCGGCAGGAUGUCAUAAAAGACAUCUUAAUUUGUGACACUUUGAUCAAAUACAAACGACAGUCAUUAUUAUUAUCAUCAUCAUCAUCAUCAUCAUCAUUAUUAUCUUCGAUGACAACCUUCUGGAGAGAAGCAUCUUUGAUCUGAAGGGUGGUUUGCUGCAGCUGCAGCAGUGCGUUUACAUCAUCUAGUCUCCGGACAGACAGCUGCCCAGAUGUUCGUCUGAAGUGAGAGUAUUUUCCAUGUAGCUACACGCAUCUUCUCGGAGAGCCUUCUUAGCUUCACACAUCUUCCCCACAGUUCGGCACCCAGUCGUUGAGACAGCUUGGAGAGACAUUCUUCACCAUCACCUGUUUUUCAGUCGACCGGCCGUGGAGUGUGCUGCUAGUAUUCAGCUACGGAACUCUUUCACUGAUGGUGAACUUGUAAACAUAUUCACUGGGAACAGUGUCUUGCAGUCAAGAUUUUUAACAUUUUAAUAUUGCACAUUCAUUUGUAUUUUAACUUGUAGCCACUGAGCAUGUCGUUUUGACAAUCGUAAAUUUUGCAUGUUAGACACAGCUUUAUCACAUACAUAGAACAGAUUGAUUGUUUGAUUGAUCCGAUUGAAGAUCAGCUAUUUUGGUAAAAUCAAGUUUGCCAUGGAGAUGACGCUUUAGAUAUUACACAUUUGAGUAUAUACUCACAUUUUUGUGUGGACUUUUAGUAACACCGUGGUAGUUUUUUUCCUCUUUUUACAUCUGCAGGUUGAAGCUUUACCGGAACAGUUCUGGCUUCUGUACCUCAUGCCUCUCUCCCUGCCCUGCUGUCUUCACUGCAGUUACUACCCGCUUGUUGCUCUCUAAGCCUCUCGUAUCCGCAAACCGCUGUAGCACCAACGUACCGUAUUUGCUUCUUUACCGACGUAGAACACGUGUUAAGGUAAUGCAUGCUAACCGCUUGCUUGUGCUGCUUGUAUUUGUGAUUAUAUUUGUCCGUGUACUGACAUUUUCUCCUCAUAAUCAGCAGAGAUCUGUGUAUAAUUCUUUCAUGAUGGCUACUGGUGGAAAGUCACCUAAGUCAGUUGGGAAACCAGAAACAAAACUGUCUGAAGGGGAAAUGAUGGAUCAGAUAAAGAAGUUGCAGGAACAACUCCAUGCAACUACCAGUGAACCAAAGGCCAAAACUAGUCCCGCAUUCCUUCUCAUGCCUAGCCAGAAAAAGCUUGCAACAUAUUCAGGGUUACCUGAGACAACACUCAAAUUAGAGGAUUGGAUCUGUGAUGUUAAGGCAACUAUCAGGUCUCGCUCAUUAGCAGAGGUAGAUAAAGUUGAUUUUGUGUUCCAACACUUAAUUGGGCCAGCCAGAGAGGAAGUUAAAUUCAGACCUAAGAAGAAAGUGGAAGAUGUUUUCAGAAUUCUUAGGGAAGUUUUUGGAGAUCAGGGGUCUUCCGUUCACUUACAGCGUGCUUUCUUUGAGAGAAGACAAAAGGAAGGAGAGAACAUUCGUGACUUUUCUCAUGCCCUCCUUGACCUGUUUGACAGGGCUUGUCGAAAAUCACCCCAUCUUAGUGUUCACAAAGAACAGGUGUUGUGUGACCAAUUUGCAGAUGGUGUCUCAGAUAGUCUCCUAAGGAAACAUUUGAGGAAAAGAGUAAAAGAUACCCCUUCGGUUGAAUUUUACACUUUGAGGUCUGAAGCCAUUGAUUGGGCUGAAGAUCCCACUGACAUCUCAACCACGAAACAGCAAGUUUCCAUUCAAGCAGCCAGAACAAGCCUUGCUUCAGAAACACUAGCAUUGACUGACAUUGUUCACAAACAACAGCAACAAAUACAACAACAGCAGAAACAAAUAGAGGAUGUAACACAUUUAUUGCAGGAGCAUAUUAGAAUACAAGGGACAAACAAAACUCUUGAGUCUAAUCCAACACGUAAUCUUGAGUCUCGUCCAAGUCGUAGUGACAAAGGUAGAACCAGAAUCAAGUGUGAUUUUUGUAACGGUGUAGGUCAUUCCCGGGAUAGAUGUUAUAAGUUACAGCUUAAAGAAGCCCAGGCAACCAUCGAGAAGCUGAAGAAGGAAGCUAGUGAGAAGUCUUCAUCGGAAAACUAGAACCUCCCUUCGCUCAGAGUCCAUCGAUUGGGAGGCAUGGAGUGGACUCAACUGGUCCAAGU